GGCAGACAUUGACACUUUCAAUCAACCCGUUCAAUAUUUGACGUUUUUGUUUCUGUUAAAAUCCAAAUAAGAAAAAAAUCAUCAUGGACAAUGAUCUUGACGAACUAUACAAGUGGAUCGAUGGGCAUACAAUAACAAGGCAAAAGAGGAACUUGAAUCGGGAUUUUUCAGAUGCGGUACCCCUAGCUGAAAUCCUGAAGCAUCACUAUCCAAAACUGGUCGAUUUGCACAACUACAGCCCCAAGAACUCACUCUCACAGAAGAUUGUUAACUGGGAACUGCUUAACAAAAAGGUACUGUCCAAACUGAAAAUCAGUCUUGGCCAGCAAGAAAUAGAACUCUUAGCGAAGGGCAUUCCAGGUGCCAUAGAAAAACUACUACAGACCAUCAAGUGUAAGGUUGAAAUCCGAAGAGAUUCGGGAGACUCGGGUGAAAGCAGCAGGGUGUACUACAUAGAAAACGACAACGCUUUCUCAUCAAAGGAAGCUGUCGUGCCAAUCAAAAUUCAAAAUGGUGAUAAAACUGUGGAUCGCAAAGUGGUUUCAAGCGAAGUUUUCGAGCGAAUGGAGAGGGAUAUCGCGGAAAAAAAUGAGGAAAUUGCAGCGCUUAAGGCAAAAGUGGAACAUUUAGAAAAUAUGUUGUCGAUUAAAGAAGAGAGGAUAAAGGACUUAACCAAUCAAUUGCAGAGCUUAGUGAAUAAUUCUUCGCAGUCCAAUAUAUCGAAAUCGAGGUUUUUUAACAAAAUUUUUUAAGGAAGACUUAUCCAAUAAAGUUAUACAGCUUUUCUAAAA